AUGUCUACUACCAAUGCGAUCCGCGUAGCGGCUCGCGUCCAACCUGCUAAGCACGCUAUCAUCUUCCUACACGGACUGGGUGACACAGGAUCGGGCUGGUCUUUUUUGGCAGAAUAUUUACAAAGAGACCCCGCCUUUAAAUACUCAAACUUUGUGUUCCCGAAUGCUCCUGUGAUGCCAAUUACGGCUAAUGGGAACUACCCAAUGCCUGCGUGGUUUGACAUUAGAGAAUGGUCCGAAAUUCAGUCGAAUCCCGACGUGGAAGGAUUCAUCAAAACUAUGGAUCUGGUUCGCACCCUCGUGGACGAGCAAAUCCGCAGUGGCAUUCCAUCCGAGAACAUAGUUGUUGGCGGCUUUUCACAAGGUGCUGCAUUGGCUCUAGCCAGCGCUGUUUCUCUUCCAACUAAGAUUGGCGGAUUUGUAGCUCUCUCCGGCUUCGGCUACGUCAACGACAAACUUCUCGAGAUUAAAAACGCGGUGAAUCAGAAGACACCUAUAUUCCAUGGCCACGGAGACGAAGACCCCAUUGUGUCGCUGCGAAUGGGACGUCUUGCCAGAACUUUCUUCCGCGACUCUUGCGAGCUCUCUAAUUAUACGAUGAAGGAAUACAAGGGCAUGGCUCAUUCAACAUGCCCAGAGGAAAUACAGGACCUUGUAGCUUUCCUUCACAAUGCAAUGAAGGUGUAG